AUGUUUUUUGGCGCAACGCGGCGGUUGUGCCUUGCGGGCACCGCAGUGUGGCGGGCGCGGCAGAAGCAGCAGUCGCCGCCGCCGCCGCCGCCGCCGCCGCCGACGUCAACUGCGCCGGCGCGGCGUGUACAAAUUGCCGUCGUCGGCAGCGGCCCAAGCGGGUGUUACGUGGCGCACCUCCUCACGAAGCGGCGCGACGACGUUCACGUGGACGUGUUUGAGCGGUUGCCGGUCCCCUUCGGCCUGUGCCGCUACGGCGUGGCCCCCGACCACCCGGAGGUGAAGAACGUCGAGCGCCAGUUCCUCGACAUGUUCAGGGGCGGCAGGGUGACGUGGAUCGGCAACGUCGCGGUCGGCAAGGACAUCCCCGUCGAGACGCUGCUGCAGCACUACACGGCGGUGGUGGUCGCGACGGGCGCGGACGCCAACCGCCGUCUGCGCAUCCCCGGCGAGGAGCUCGGCGGCGUCGUCGGCGCCGGGGACUUUGUGCGGUACUACAACACCUACCCCUUUCCGCACGGCUCGCCGCGGUUUUGCCCCUUUGACCUUGCGACCGCGCGGGAGGCGGUGAUCGUCGGCAACGGCAACGUGGCGCUGGACUGCGCCCGCGUCCUGGCGGCGUCCUACAAGUACUUCUGCGAGACGGACAUGAACUGCGUGGCGAUCAGGGAGCUCAUGCGGAACCGCAUUCGCCGCAUCAGCGUUGUGGCCCGCCGCGGCCACGCCCAGAGCGCCUUCACCAUCGCCGAGUUUCGGGAGCUGACGCGCUUCCACGCCGACACGGUGCGGGUGGUGGUCGACCCGUUUGAUCUGCAGGCGGCGCUGCGUGUGCCGUCGGAAAACCCCCGCGCGCGGAGGCGCCUUCUCGAACUCGUCUCCCGCUUCGCCGCCGACACCGCCGCAGCCGCGGGUGUUGGCGGUCACGGUGAUGGGCCGAGUGCACCACCGGCUCCGCCGCCGCCGCCGCGACACGCGCGCGGCCCGUGCGUCGUGCAUCUGCGCUACCACCUAAAGCCUCUGCGCUUUUUGCCGCACCCCGACCGCCGCAACUGCGUCGGUGCCGUCGUGUUCGAGCGGACGGACGCUGACGCUGACGCCGACGCCGGGCAGGGCGAGAGGGGGGCGACGACCGUGACGCUCCCGUGCGAUGUCGCCAUCACGUCGGUGGGGUACCGCUCCGACGAGGUUGCCGGCGUGGCGUUUGAUCACGCGCGUGGCGUCAUUCCGCACCAGCGCGGCCGGGUGACGGGGCAGCCGCGGGUGUACUGUGCGGGGUGGGUCAAGCGGGGGCCGAAGGGCGUCAUAGUGCAGGCCCUCAUGGACGCGCAGGAGACCGUGACGUCGAUCUGCGAGGACCUGGACAACAAACUCUUGCCCACUGGCGACCCCGCCGACGAGGCGGGGGGCGGGGAAUUAUGCGGCAAGUACGGCCUGAUUGACUACUUUGUGGAGAAGGGGCUCGAGCCCGUUUCCGUCGCCGGACUGCAGCGCAUCUUCCACGUUGAGGAGGAGCGCGGGAUCGACCUCGGCAAGCGGCUGGAGAAGAUCGACAGUGUGCGCGGGAUGCUGGACGUGGCGCUUGGCGGUGCCGUGGGCAAAAAGGCCAACAACGCCAUACGCGGCAUCGCGAAUGAGCGCCCCGACGCCCUGUUGUACUUGAACGAACUGCUCGACGACACGACUGACCUGGCACCGCUCGCACGGCAGCUGGCGAAGGAGGUGCCCCCGAUCAUGGCGGCGCAGCACCCACCGGGAAGUCUGCACCCGUCGCAGCUAUAG